ACUCUCUCUCUGAUCGUCUUUUUCCUUUGAUUCUACUUUUUCCGCUAGGUUUCUGAGAUCUUCCAUUCGUCUCGAAUUCUCUUUAGUUGCUACGAUGAAGACAGCAAAGGGGAAAGAUAAAGUUAAGACCACAAAAGAAGCCUUGAAGCCAGUUGAUGACAGAAAGGUGGGAAAGAGGAAGGCACCGGCUGAGAAGGCUACAAAACGAGAGACUCGUAAAGAGAAGAAGGCUAAAAAAGACCCAAACAAACCGAAAAGAGCUCCUAGUGCCUUCUUUGUCUUUCUAGAAGAUUUUAGGGUCACGUUCAAGAAAGAAAAUCCAAAUGUGAAGGCCGUCUCUGCGGUUGGGAAAGCUGGAGGACAGAAAUGGAAGUCAAUGUCUCAAGCUGAAAAAGCUCCAUAUGAAGAGAAAGCUGCAAAGAGGAAAGCUGAAUAUGAGAAGCAAAUGGAUGCAUACAACAAAAACAUGGAGGAAGGGAGUGAUGAAUCUGAAAAGUCUAGAUCUGAGGUGAAUGAUGAAGAUGAAGCCAGUGGGGAGGAAGAACUACUAGAGAAGGAAGCGGCAGGUGAUGAUGAAGAAGAAGAAGAGGAUGAUGACGAUGAUGAUGACGACGAGGAAGAAGACUAAAUCGGGGAUAGAAAUCAGAUUUUGUAUCUCAAGCUUAACUGCGGAUCCUUAAGCAGAAGUAAGUAUUCUGUAAUUUGUGUGUCGAGAACUAUAGAUCUAAAAUCGUGUGUUUUUUUGUUUUUCUUUUCCUAAGAAAGCGAAACAGUUGUU